AUAUAUGAGAGGCCCUCUUUCUCCCUACCAAAAAAGAUAACUUCAUUAUCCUCUCUUUUUUCUAUCACAAUUCAUUUCACUCUCUUUCUCCAAAUACUUCAAUCCUCAUUUUCAGGCAAAAGCUUCUUCCAUGGCUUCAAUUUCAGCAGCUUCUGCAACUGCUGCUGCUGCUUCUACAAAGAUUAAUACCAGUGGAGGUAGUGUUCUUCCUUCUAAAUCCUCUAAGCUUAUCCUUUCAUCUUCUUUUACACCAACCCCAUCAACCCUUUUUCUCCAUUCACCAGCCACUACUACACCUUCUUCUUCUACCCGCCACCGCCGGUUUACUGUCCGAGCUGCGCGUGGUAAAUUCGAAAGGAAGAAACCCCAUGUCAAUAUUGGUACAAUUGGCCAUGUUGACCAUGGGAAAACCACACUUACAGCUGCUUUGACCAUGGCGCUUGCUUCUCUGGGUAACUCCGCCCCCAAGAAGUAUGAUGAAAUUGAUGCUGCCCCUGAAGAAAGGGCUCGUGGUAUUACGAUUAAUACUGCCACAGUGGAGUAUGAAACUGAAAAUCGGCAUUACGCUCAUGUGGAUUGCCCUGGUCACGCUGAUUAUGUGAAGAAUAUGAUUACUGGUGCUGCUCAAAUGGAUGGAGCUAUACUUGUUGUUUCAGGUGCUGAUGGUCCAAUGCCGCAGACGAAGGAACAUAUUUUGCUUGCUAAGCAAGUGGGUGUCCCUAAUAUGGUUGUUUUCUUGAACAAAGAGGACCAAGUUGAUGAUGAGGAGUUGCUUGAGCUUGUUGAGUUGGAGGUAAGAGAGUUAUUGUCAAGUUAUGAGUUUCCUGGUGAUGAUAUUCCUAUUCAUUGUGGGUCUGCCCUUUUGGCUUUAGAGGCUUUAAUGGCUAAUCCUAGUAUUAAAAGGGGUGAUGAUCAAUGGGUUGAUAAGAUUUAUAAAUUGAUGGACUCUGUUGAUGAAUAUAUUCCUAUUCCACAAAGACAAACUGAAUUGCCUUUCUUGAUGGCUAUUGAAGAUGUGUUUUCUAUUACUGGUAGAGGUACAGUGGCUACAGGGAGAGUUGAGAGAGGGACUGUUAAGACAGGGGAAAUUGUUGAUAUAGUUGGAUUGAAGGACACUAGGAACACUACAGUAACAGGAGUUGAGAUGUUUCAGAAGAUAUUGGAUGAAGCAAUGGCAGGAGAUAAUGUGGGGUUGUUGUUGAGAGGUAUUCAGAAGAUUGAUAUUCAAAGAGGAAUGGUGUUGGCAAAACCUGGAUCAAUUACUCCACACACCAAGUUUGAAGCUUUGGUGUAUGUGUUGAAAAAGGAAGAAGGUGGCAGGCAUUCCCCUUUCUUUGCUGGUUAUAGGCCACAGUUUUACAUGAGAACAACUGAUGUGACUGGAAAGGUUACUGCUAUUAUGACUGACAAGGGAGAGGAAUCUAAGAUGGUCAUGCCUGGUGAUCGCGUAAACAUGGUGGUUGAGCUCAUUAUGCCAGUUGCUUGUGAGCAGGGAAUGAGGUUCGCUAUUAGGGAAGGAGGAAAGACUGUCGGAGCUGGUGUUAUUCAGAAAAUCUUAGAAUGAUGAACUUGCAGCUGAGCAUCUCUUUUUACAUAUGGUCGGAUUUUUCCAUUGAAGUUUAUUAAUCCAUUGUCAUAUAUGCGACUUUUUGGUUACUUUUGUUAUGUCUUAGAAUCUUACUUUAGUUGAAGUAUCUUGUUUGAUCCCCAAUUCUACUGAACUUUUG